GACACUUAAAUAUUUGUUGUUACUGGAAGGCAAGGGGAGAGGAAGGUUGGGAGGCCCAGGCUAUACCGAGUAGUCAUUUACUCAUUGUUUUUACGCGUUGUCUGGUGUGGCGUGAACGGGGGUCAUGUCGGUGAAUAUGGAGGAGCUCAGACACCAAGUAAUGAUCAACCAGUUCGUCUUGAUCGCCGGUUGUGCCGCUGAUCAGGCGAAGCAGCUUCUUCAAGCGGCUCAUUGGCAGUUUGAGAUGGCCCUCAGCUCUUUCUUUCAAGAGGCCAGUAUCCCCAGCCACCACCAUCAAAUGAUGUGCACCCCGCGGAACACGCCCGCCACCCCGCCCAGCUUCCCCGACGCCAUCGCCAUGUUCUCCAAGCUCAGGGCGUCCGACUGCACCGGGGGCAACGGCCCAAGCCCCGCCUCCGUCUCCAUGGCCUGCUCACCUCCGGCUCCCUCCUUCUGGGCGUCUUCCCCGCCCCCCCACCAGCCAGCCUGGCUGCCACCCCCCCCGUCUCCCACGGGCCCUCACCACUGCCACCACCUGCACUCGGGGCCCGUGUGGCCCCCUGCGGUCCAGCCCGGCGGGGUCCCGCCCACCCCCGCCGUCUCUGCCCUGCACGGGCAGCGAUAAGACUGAUUUUGAGGGGGGGGUGAGAGGGGGGAGGGGCACGGUGACAGACUGCAUUGUGGGCGCAGGGCUGCGGGGGCUGACUGCAGGCUGUGGGGGGUUGAGGGUGCCGGAGCCCAGCCAUGAGCUCCAGCUGGGCCCCUGCGAGGCUGAAGCCUGGUUCAGCAGCCCUGGGGUUUAUGAGUGGGGGGGAGCGGGUUAUAUACUUAAUGUUUUCCCUUUUUCUGAUGAGCUUUUUCUAUAUUUUGAGGACUUUUUUUUUCUAACUCUUCCCAGGAAUCUAUUUCUUAAAAAAAAAAGAAAAAAAGAAUGCUCACCAGCACAGAACCCACUAGUGAUCCAAAUUGUGUUCAAGAGGGAGCUUCCUGUCAGCCAGGGGGACACACUGCGCUCCAGAGGAAAACGUUCGCAAAGGCGGUGAUGGGAAAACAUGGCGGACUGGGCUGCAGGUGGCUGCUCAAACAGAGGAGGACAAACGCGCUUCCUGUCAUCUCCUGGCGAUGAGACUGAACAGUUCUGCCGCCAGAAAUCUUUUCUUUUCCCUCCUCCAGGGACAAACCACAGGACCUCGCAAAGGUCCAAUACAGCACACAUCAGUGUGAAAUCCCAGCCAAUCAGAGAGCAUGAGACAUCUGUGUGAAAUCCCAGCCAAUCAGAGAGCAUGAGACAUCAGAGUGAAAUCCCAGCCAAUCAGAGGUCGUCAGGCGGGCGUUCGGAUGGGGCUCAGAGACGAGACUGGGGCGGUUUGAGUUUGAUGAUGUAAUGGAGUCGGUGUCCAGAGAGAGCGAGCGGUGGAGUGAGAGGCGUCUCAUAAGCAGCUCAGGAAAGCGAGCUAAUGGAAAGUGUGGUUUUAAAUCCAGUUUGAGCAAUAAACACAUGAGCAAUAAACAUCCAUUAAAAUUCCAAUGGCAUGUACCAGAAUGUUCCCCAGAUGUGCUCUGGCCGAGUCUCAGUGUGUGGAGACAGUGAGGCCAGCUGGGGCAAGCAGGGACACACAACCGCACUGGAGUUCGGUCCCGGAAGGUUCCGCACACUGUGUGGCUAACGCACGGAGAGAAAGGGCCGUUUUCCCUUCUGAAUCACUGACAGCCGCUGCAAAUGCAGCUACUGCUGAAAAAUCGGCUCAUUUCAGCCAAUAAGGAUGAUGGUUCAGAUGAAUAAGGUGAUUAAGGUGACAGGUAGGAAUGUAAGUGUGACUGUGUGAGAUUUAGGGUGUGGUGGAAGCGAGCUUGGUCUUCCACAAUGGCAGUGCUAGCCGUGAGAAUGUCGGCUGGGUUGGGCAAGUGACUUAAAAUUGAACUCAUUGGUCGUUACUGACAGUAAUGUGAGGAGAAGGCGGGGUCAUUCUUUUAGAAUUUUGUAAUUUUGCUAUUUGAGGUGGCAUGUAGUCUCUUCAGUUGGAUUUUUAAAACUCUUAUAAUGGAGACUCAAAUCUGAAAAUUGCCUUACCUUAAAAGGAAGAUUGGGGGUCUGUUCGACUGAUAACCUUUCUAAUGAGGCAAGAAUAACGCCUGCUUACCCCAGAACACCACGGAACAACACAGAACACCACGGAACACUGCGGAACACCACGGAACACACCAAAACACAGCAGAACGCAGAACACCGCGGAACACCACGGAACAACGCGGAACACCACGGAACACUGCAGAACAAUGCGGAACACGCCAAAACACUGCGGAACAACACAGAACACCAUGGAACACUGCAGAACACCGCAGAACACCACGGAACAACGCAGAACACACCAAAACACUGCAGAACACCGCAGAACUAGGCGGAACACCGCGGAACACACCAAAACACUGCAGAACACCACGGAACACCACAGAACAACCCAGAACUCUGCGAAACAAUGCGGAACACUGCAGAACACCGCGGAACACUGCGGAACACCGCGGAACACUGCGGAACACCGCAGAACAGCAGAACUGAGACAUAAAAGCGUUCUAGAAAGCAGUGUUCUCGAGGCGCAAUGCAUGUGCUGAGUUCCUUCAUUCUCUUUAUUUCCCCUGCUGACUUUUAUAUUUAUAUAUUUAAAAAAUGUGUGAUCUAUCAUGUUUUUAAAAUAAAAUGAAGUUUAUUAAGUG